CCUGAGAAAAAAGAAACCUUCAUUCCCCUUCGUCUUCCCAGAAGAAAAAAAGAAAAGCUGCAGAAAAAGUCUUCCCUGUACAUACAGGUUGAGGAAAUUUACACUCAAAGGAAUAGCAGAGGAUAAAAAAGUCAAUUUUCAUCCAUCUAACCAAACAAAGGAUUAUUAUUGUUAGUGGAUUCAUCAUAUACAAGAGCCAUUAAUGGGGUCUCCAAUAAACCAUGGGACAAGCCACAAGAAUCAACCAUUGGGGAUGAAGUUCAUCAAGUGCCUAAAGAAGUCACCCCUCUCAUACAAGACACACCAAGCCAUUGUUUUGAUUGUCACAUUUUUCGCAUACGCCGCGUACCACGCGACACGAAAGACGACUAGCAUUGUAAAAAGUGCCCUCGAUCCUCGACCGUCCGAUCUUGGGUUGGAGUCCACGUGGACGGUGGGGAACGGGUGGGUUCCGUUUGAUGGCCCGAAUGGGACCCAGUUGCUCGGGGAGCUCGACGUCGCAUUCCUCUUUGUGUACGCUCUCGGUAUGUACUUUUCGGGUCAUGUGGGUGAUAGGAUGGACCUCAGGCUAUUUUUGACGGUCGGGAUGGUGGGAACCGGACUCUUCACCGGGCUUUUCGGAGUUGGUUAUUGGGCGGAUGUCCAUAAUUUCUAUUACUACUUGGUAGUCCAAAUGCUUGCCGGGUUGUUCCAAUCCACGGGCUGGCCUUCGGUGGUUGCCGUGGUCGGGAAUUGGUUCGGGGAGACGAAGAAGAGAGGUCUUAUAAUGGGGAUUUGGAAUGCCCACACGUCGAUCGGGAACAUAACCGGUUCCUUGGUCGCAUCCGGUUUGUUACGGUUCGGUUGGGGAUGGUCUCUGGUCAUUCCCGGUUUGUCCAUUGCCUUCACCGGCCUAGUCGUUUUCCUAUUACUACCCGUGGACCCCGAGUCGGUCGGGGCUAAUAGAGACGAAGAAGACAAUUUUCCCUCCCUAGAAAAGGGACGCAAUGAGAAGGGAUUACGAGAACCGCUCUUGAAACCGGACCGAGCCUCGGACGAAUUCGCCGUGGGGUUCGUAGAGGCGUGGAGAAUCCCAGGCGUCGCGCCUUUUGCUUUUUGCCUAUUUUUUGCCAAAUUGGUUGCCUACACAUUUCUCUAUUGGCUCCCAUUCUACAUUAGCCAUACCGAAAUCUCCGGGCGGUACUUGUCCAACGAGGAAUCCGGGAACUUGUCGACGUUGUUCGACGUUGGAGGGGUGGUCGGCGGGGUGUUAGCCGGCUACGUUUCCGAUCGCCUCAACGCAAGAGCCCUAACUGCCGCGAGCUUCGUCUAUUGCUCCAUCCCGGCCCUCUUCUUGUACCGAUGCUACGGCCAUGUCUCCGUGCCGGUCAACGUCGCCCUCGUGUUGGUCACGGGCAUGCUCGUGAACGGGCCCUACGCGUUGAUCACCACCACGGUUUCCGCCGACCUCGGGACGCACGGCUCGUUGAGGGGAAACACGAGGGCGCUCGCAACGGUCACCGCCAUUAUCGAUGGGACCGGUUCGGUCGGCGCGGCCUUCGGGCCUUUGCUAACGGGGUACAUUUCGGCCAAGAGUUGGAACGGCGUUUUCACAAUGCUGAUGUCAGCCGCUCUCGUCGCGGGUUUGUUGCUGACUAGGCUCGUCAUGUCUGAGGUUGCUGAUAAAUUUCGAAACCCCACGGGCGAAGACGAGCCGAGGUUAGGCUCGGCGGUCGGUGACGACGCGUAAGGCUUCGUUUGGUAGUGUCAUGAAUCUCAUCUGCUGAAAUCGAUUUUACCAAAAAAAAAAAGGAAAACAGAAGAGCUGGUUCUCUACCAGCUGACACUGUAAAUGUGAGAUUUCAGAUCAACACAUUAUAACUUUUUUUUUGAGCGCAACACAUUAUAACUUGUCCUAGAGGGAAUGGUAAAAUAAAGAUCAGGUAAAUUA